UAAAAUCACGCACGAUCGAUCUCUCUCUCACUCUAGCUCUCUCUCACUCUCUCUCUCUCUAGCUCAGUAUCUCUCUCUCUGUCUCACCCGGCCGGCGGCCGUCUACCGACCCAGUCUCCGGCGCUCUCUCUCUCUCUCUCUCCCUCUCCCCCUCUAUCUCUCUCUCUCUCUAGCUCAGGAUCCGUCGGCCGGCUCUCUCUCUCUCUAGCUCGUACUCCUUCCGGCGGCCCCUAUCUCUAUUAGAUCGAGUAGAUGCCGGCCCGCCCUCAGCUUCUCCAGCGACACCCGACAAGUCCCUGCAACUAGCAGCCCCGGGGAGCCACACCCCCGAUCGACGCCAGGUGCAUGUAAAGAUGAGCAGGGUAGAAGAAAUGUUAGGACUAUUGGUAGUCCUAAGGAUAUAUGGCACAUACCUGAUGGGGAAAAGGUUGUGAUCGAAUUCAACUUAUCCUACCAACCAACUGGCCCGGGGGUCGAGAAUUUUAGAUGAAUUUAUGGGAAGAUCAUAAGAAAUGGUCGAUUUGUCCAGUUGCAUGGUAACUAGAAGAAAUUACCAUUGGAAGGGAAGGAAGAUAUGUGGCAAACCCUAACGGUAUGAAUCCUUCUUCUUUUUUCCACGCAUGUCAAUCACUUUUUAUUUAUAGUUUUGUAGCCUUGCAUUUCCAAUUAAGCUAUGGGAUAUCAUUUUUAUGUGUAGAAAAAAUUUUAUUUUGAGCCUAUUCACCUACUCUAGCACAUAAAAAAAUUAACGUUGAUGGACCUAGCAAAGGAAAUGAGGCAAUACAGGUAUGAGAUCAAGAGGAGUCUCAAUUUAAAACAAGGUGAUACCGUACAGUCUGUGGUCACUAGGGCACCGACAGCGGACGUCUUCGAUUCAGAAGACUUCAAACUGCAAGUUGAUACGUGGUUGUCUUCGGCUGAUCAGGAGAGAGCGUUCAAGUCCAAGGCCAGUCGUGCCAAAAAUGCACUUCUUCACACUCUAGGAUCGAAGAGCAUUGCACAGGUUGCACGAGAAAUAAAGGAAGACAUAGGAGAAACACCGAACAAAGAUGAUAUGUUCAUCGUCUCGCAUACCAAGAAAGAUGGGAACCCUGUGAAUGCUGCGGCUGGAGAAACUAUCGUAAAUGGUAAAUACGUAAUAUUAGUUCUAUGUUCAAGUUCUCAUCCUUGGAUGUUUUGUGCAGGCGAAGAUGAGAGAAAUUAUCGAGAAUCAGUCGCCGGCAGAACAAGUGUGUUCACAGGGGUCAAUCUACUGGUCGCAUAAUGAUGCGUGUGCACAAGUGUUAGGAAGAGAACAUUUCGGUCAUGUACGCAGGGUGGGGCUAGGGCCGACUCCCAGUAAAUCCACCUCUUAUACCUCCGGACAUGGAUCGAUUUCUAGUUUACCUACUCCUAAAGAACUAGAGAUGGAUGCUGAGAUUGAACGUUUGAAGACUAUGUACGAAGCGCAAAACAUCAAACUGCAAGAGCAAGACCAUCAAUUGCAAGAGCAAAACAACAAGUAUGCAGCGCAACAGGAAGAGCUGGCAGCCGUCAAACGUAUGGUAGCCAUGAUUAUGGCAGGGAAACAACCAUCAAUGGGAAACAGCAAAGAAGCAAACACUAGAUCAGAAGCAUAAACGAACAAGAUGGUUGAAGCAAGCAAUGCACAUAAGGCUGUAAAUCGGAUUCUCCUCUGGGCUUGCGUGCAUUGAUGAUUAUAAUAGUGCAUGGAAUGUAGGUUUUAAUUUUUAUGGAUUUUAAUUAUGUAUUUACAUUUGAAUUCUGUAAUAGGUAUGCAUGAAUUUUUUAAAUAUGUAAGCUAAAUAGACCGUUGUUGUGAAGAGAUUGAAUUUAG